UUAGUCAGUGCUGACUCCUAAGUUACCCAUUUCCGGCCGGCAAGUGACAUAUCCAUUUCCUGGAGUUUAAUAAUUAUUUAAAGUACUGUGCACGAUGAGUGACUUUGUGUGGAGUAUCAAAAAUGGGGAUUUAGAAAAAGUCAAAGAAUGCGUUGAAAUUUCGAAGUGUGAUGUAAACAGUGAAGUUGAUGGAAGAUACCCAAUUCACUUUGCAUCAGAUUAUGGACAGCUGAGUGUUAUUGAAUACUUAAUUUCCAAAGGUGCUAAGGUUGAUGUUAAUGAUAAACAUGGCAUUUCCCCACUUCUAGCUGCAAUCUGGGAAGGUCACACAGAAUGUGUAAAAUUACUAAUAGAAAAGGGUGCCAAGAAAGAUGGCAAAGCACCAGACGGCCAGUCCUAUGCAGCUUGUGCCGAAAAAGAUGACAUUAAAGCUCUUUUGCGAUGAACAAAGUGACCUUUGAAGAAUAUUCAGUGACAGAUGACACUCAUGUUAUACUGUUAAUGACAUUCAUGUCACAUCCAAUGAUGGCAGUUUGCAUUGCCUGGUGAUAUCUAUACAACAUCAUGCAAGAGUUCAGAAGUGGUGCAUUCAUGAUGGAAUAUUUUAUGAUAAUGACAAAUCAUCAUAUUUAGACAAGAAAAUCUAUCAGUAUUGUGCAAUAGAUGUAUUGUCUUGAGCAAUUCAAAUGUAAAUGAAUGUCAUGAUGGAAAAAGAAAAAUGCUACAUUAUUAAAAUUGUCUAUAAUUUUCACGAAGUUCCUUUUAGUGUGCUACGUUGCCUUUGCCUCAGUAGUGUAUUCUUAAAAGAUAGUCACAGCACUUUGGAACACUCAAAUCUGGUGAAGUUGCUUAUAUAUUCCAAUGAAACAGUUUGCUUAUGGACCAAUGUAAAUAUUGUAGACUCCAGAGAAGUGGAUUGCCAAGGAGGUUAAUAUUAAGUAUAUAAUGUAGUUGACGAAAACAGCAAUUUUGAGACUUGUGUAUGCAGGCUACGCUUGCUCGUUUUGCAGUAAUAAAAAUGCUCACUCUAA